AUGCUUUCAUAUUGUUAAGUGUGUCUACAGGACGGAUGGAGGGGUUUGGCUUUGGGGCCGGCUAAAGGCGAAGAAGCUUGAAUUCUCUCUCUACUACUAGGUUUCAACAGCUGCCAAACAAGGGAGAGGGUCAGGAACCAGAUUCUGGGAGACUCUAACUUAGGAAUCCCUUUUCCAGUUUUGCUCUAGAGCCAAGGAAAAAAAACUAUUUGAGGUUGGGUGGAGUCAAGAAGAGGGGCUCAUUCCACAUACAACCAAGCCGGGAAAUUAGAGGGGAAGACCCUCCCACUAGGUUUCAGAGUGGCCCCCAUAUUCCUUCCCCCAGCCCCACCCCGCGUGCUGAUGAGGGCCGGACUUGGGGGGCGGGGCGGGGCCUCUCCGCCCGCGUGGUCCGUCGCCUUGACGACCUGGACAAGAUGGCGACGCUGCAGGGCGGGCUUCUGGGGCCGGACCCCGGGGCGCUGAGCCCCGCGCAGCAGGAGCAGCUUCGCAACUUCAAGAUUCAGACUCGGAUUGCUAACGAAAAAUACCUGAGGACCCACAAAGAAGUGGAGUUGCUCAUAAGUGGUUUCUUCAGAGAAAUGUUUCUGAAAAGACCAGACAACAUCCAAGAAUUUGCCGCAGACUAUUUCACGGAUCCAAGACUUCCCAACAAGAUUCACAUGCAGCUAAUUAAGGAGAAGAAAGCGGCUUAAUUAGCAGAAUCAUGAUGCUCAGCUGUUGAGAGAGACCAGAAAGAAUCCAGCCUCAGGGGUCACCUGGAAGCAGGGGAGCCCUGUUGCCCUCAGGGUGGGGUUCCAAGCUGCCUUGGGCCGUGUCCACUGUUGCAAAGGCUUUUAAAGCUAUUCAUUAAAAGCAGACCUUUCCACUCUCUCUGCUGUGUUUCACUCCAAAGGAGGAAGCCACCCUGCAGGGAGGGCUGUUGCCCCCCACACCCCUUUGACCUGCUAGGCAGCAGGGCUGUCUCUGUGGCAGCCCGUGGGCCUCAGCUAGGUGGGCGGGCUGCUCCCACAUGUGACUCACACUGUGUCCUCCCUGCCCCUCCAGGCUGCUUGCUCCCAGAGCCAAGGCUGGACAAAAGAACAGGGGUGGGGACCCUGUGAGGACCACAGCUGAUCGAGAUGGCCCUCAAGCCAAGUCCAUGCUUUAGCACGGUUCCCCCUCGCCCCAGUCUUUCCUCCCGGGUUACCGUAUGGCGUGUACCAGUGGUGGUUUAACUUUUCUCUACCAGCAAUAAUAACGGGGCUGGAAGGACAGCGAGAAAAUGAGAUUGGACAAAGAAAACCCGUUCAGGGUCCUGCAUCUUGUGAAAUAAGAAUAACAGGUGACUCAGAGGUGGUGGAUUUUGUUCUUGAGGGUUUUUAGCAGUAAGCUGCCCAUCCAUUUGGUUUUCAGCUAACAGGCAGGGGAGGGGGUCGGUUGGCCUUUUGACAUCCUUUCCAGGCCCGGAAGGCAUGGAUGUCUUCCAUGUUUAUGCCCCACCUCUCUGGCCUCCACAACCCACAACCCACUGUAUGAAGGGCCUCUCACCUGGGUGUCUCGGGUCCAUGCCACUAUGGCAACAGAGGCCUAGCCCAAAGCAGGGGCUGCGUUUUCUCUCUUUCCCUUGUCUCUGUCCGUCGUGUUCCUGGCUACCAGCCCCUCCAUGGCGGAAGGGCAACAAAACCGGGCAUGGAGAGGAUAGAAAAGCGAUGCAUAAGAAGCUCUGCAGCAGGAACCCUAAGAGUUCUUUCAAGUGCUUUCAGAAUCACACUUCAGCGGCCACAGCCCUGACAGUGAGGUACCCCUGCUUAGAAAACCCAGAUGAAGCCUUCAGCAGAAAACUCACAUGUACUAAGGACCUCUGAUAUAAAGUGUUAAAUUAGACUCUCUUGAAAGCUUUCCUGGGAAGAGAGGCCUGCAGUAAGGUGGGGAGAGGGCAAAGUGUUUUUCAGAUGCUUGGGUGUAUGAUGUGAUACCGCAGGAGGACACUGGUUCACUCUUGGGGGGUUUCCGGGCAGAAAAAAGAAAUGCAUUUCGAUUAGAAUAUAUAUUUCAAAGCCAAGGAAAGAAUGCAUUUGGCAUGUGGUCCUAGUGCAUCUGUUCUGUGUGACAUCGAGUGCCAGGGUCAGAGAGUAAGGUGGGGAGGGAGGUCAUCCUGCCAUGUGGUGCUUGAUAGUCUGGGAGGAGAUGUGUAGCUUUGCUCCCCAGACUUGAACUGUCCGGAUAGCUCACCUUGUAGACUGAAAGCGCCAUCAGAGCAGGGACCAAAUCUAAAAACCGGACUUGUUCACCAUUGCAUUCCUGACUGCUGGCCCUGUGUGUGGCGUAUAGUAAGUGCUCAGUAAGCAUCUGUGGAGAGAAUGAAUGCUUGUGUAACUGAGUGAGCAAUCAUGUUAUAUCAGCCGCUAUAAAGACUAUAAAGUCACACAGCUGUGAUGGAUGUAGGUACAUAGAGAGAAGGAGGAAGAAAGAAUCCCCGGUCUACUUGCAGGAGUGAGGGAGGCCUCAGGGAAACUGGCAUGUGAUGAUAGGUGGGAAAGGAUCUGCCAGGAAGAUGUGGAGAGUGGCCUGGGGGAGCCAGGCUACCGCAGGCGCCUCCAUUUUGCUGAGCACGGUGGUGGUAGCAGACCCUGUGUGUCACCUGCUCAUCCUCCUUACCUCUUUCUUCCUUGCUGACUGAACACCAGCU